AUGGCGAAGAAAUAUGCGUCGUCAUCCUCCGACGAAGAUUCUUCCAUACGCGAACAAACCUUGAAAAUAUGUCCGUUGUAUAACCAGAAUCCUGCAUCAUGUCAGUCAUCAUUGUGCGAAUGCUUUCACUUGUGCGGCAAGUAUAUCCUCGAGAAUAAGUGUUCACAAUUCGAAAUCAACGGCAAAUGUUCGCAUUCGCAUUCAUUUUUUACUCUUCACAAUGCGAAAAUUCUCAAACGACAGUACAACUUAUCGUUGAAUGAUGAAAAUAUCGGCAAGAAACUUUCAAAUUUGAUUGAAUAUUCUUCAAGGUUAAUGCGCAAACCUUCACCACCUGUCAAUGCAUAUAACCUAAUCGAUUUGACACCCGAGCAGACAAAAACUUCGCCGCUCAAUACAAUACACUCGCGGUAUCCAACACGCACUUCACAUGAGAGUGAUUCUUCCAGCUCAGCACGCAGCAGCAAAGAAAAGCCAACAGAUAUUCCAGCGCAAGACAAGUGUAAGAUGCCCACGCAAAGUAUCACUUUUGAUACGGAAGACGAUGAACUGUCGAUAUCAUCUUCACAUAAACGUAUACAAUCGAAAAAAUCGAGUUCGACCAAAAUGAAAAAUACUGAUUCGUCAUCAUCGGAGACAUCCCAUGGAAAAGACGCAACCACAGUAACAACAGAUUCUUCAAAGACAAAUCAUUCCGCACAGUCUGUGCUCAAUGCUGUACCUCGAUUGAGAGACGAACAUAGUUCGUCACCAGACUCCGACGGUUCUUCGAUGAGCUCAACAAAUAUGAAGUACAUCUUUGAUGCAUAUACGAACGAUAUUAUACUAUUAUUUCUUCAUGGUCCUGUAAGACAACGUUUGAUAAAAGAGAAACAUUAUCCUAUUUCACCGUCUGGCUAUUGUCAAGCAUUAACCGAGAGUGAAGGAAGGGUGCUGAAGAAACUGAUUCAUGAUUUUUUACCAUACCGUGUGAAAAGUGAUCCAGUUCGGUUUGAUAACAAGAUUCUCUCGUUGGUUAGUUCGACCUGCACUGCGGAGAAAGUUUUCGAAGAUAAUUCGAAUCAAACCGAUUAUGCCAUUACAACUGAUCCAUGUACAGUUACUUUUGACGUGGAAGUUAUAUAUCCGCCGAGAAGCGAUAGCGAACGUUCAGAAUCGACAUCACCAACCGAUCUGACAAGUGUAUCCGACAAAUCACAAUCAUCCUUAUCCGAUGCUCAAUGUCAUAUAUCCUCUACAAAUUCGUCGAUUGAUCUUGUCUAUGGAGAUAUCUCUCAGAUUGAAGUUGAUGUGAUGAUAUGUGUAAUGACGUCUAUCACCUUACUAAAAAGUGUACUCAUGAGAGCUGGCCCAACAGUUAGAGCAGAAUAUGAAAAGCGAUACCGAACGGAGUCGUUUUUCUUUCUCGAUGGUGGAUCUACUCUAGCAAAGAAGAUUUUGUUUGUUCCGUGGAAAUCAGAUGUUCAACUUUCAGAUAUUAGUCAAAUUCAACAAUCUCUAGCUGAAUUAGUGCAAAAGUGUAUCAGAACGGCACAUCAGCAGCAAGCAAAGUCAAUAGCCUUUCCAUCGAUUGGAACUGGACUCCUUGGCGUGAAUAUUCAAUAUGUCUGCGAAGCAAUGAUCGAUUCAGCCAAUGAAACUUUACAACAUCUAACAAUGAAUGUCCUAUUUGUAAUCUAUCCAUCAAAAGUCGAUAAAAAAUCCGAUUCAGCAUAUCAAUCAUUCCAAACAUAUUUGAAUGCUCUAACUCAACAAAAUGAAACGCAAGCAACUUAUACGGCAUGUCAAAAUCCCACUUCUCCAGCCAAGCCAAUUCCGAUCGAUCGACAUCAAUAUAUUUGUCACACUUGGACAUGUACGAAUUUAGUAAUCAUAUCGAAUAUGGAUGAUGUACAUACAUACGACGAACAUCUGCUAAGGUCUUUGGAAAAAUUGAUAGUCACAAAGGAAUAUGACUUCUCUUUAAUUCAUAAACCUUUUCUGAAGUCAGACAUUUUGAUUGAUACAUGUUUCGAUCAUAACGUACUACCGACCAUUGACUAUUCGAAAGGAAAACUAAUCCUUCAGGGGGAUAGUGAAUCGUGCUCGCAAUGUUUCAGUAAUCUUCGUGGACAACAACCUGUUUAUAAGUACUAUCUCCUAUCGAAGAACAAAUCGAAAAACGAAGAGAUCCCAUUGAAUACUUACGUCACAUUGAAGAUUGAUGAAGCCAAGGGUAAUGGUGAAUCGAUGAUUUCGAUUCGAGACGAUUUGCAUACGAUUUAUGAAAUUGACCUCGAUAAUUUGCAAGUUCUAAUCAAUCGAAGUAGUCAAACGCAAAGCCUCAUACGAAAACAAAUCGAUGACAAUCAUAAAAUUCUUCCUCCAAGUAUAUGGCCUUCGCUGAAUUUAAUGAUCCAAACAGUUAACUUAUCCCCGGAAUCGUUUCCCUCGUUGCCAUGCGUUCGUACGUUUGAGUACACAAUGGCUCAAUCUAAAUUAUCUAUCGAACGAAUCGAAGCGAUUCAAAAUUGGCCAUUGUACGUUCAUUUCGUUCGAAAGAAGAGUAAGACAGAUACGACCGUGUUCCACGCCUGUCCACUAUCAUCCGUCACAUCAAUCAUUCACUAUGGUUUUCAUUCGGAAUCAGGAUCAAUUGAAUUUGCUCGGCAAGCGUUGAAAACUCAUAUACAUAAUGCAUAUCGCUCAACUAAUGGACGAUACUAUAUGUUCGUCGUGAUCCUUUCGAAGAAUGUCCGCGAGAAAGAUUUGAUCAGUUUAUCAAACGAUGAUGCUCAUUUAGCCUUACCAACACAUCUGAUCACUUAUAAACAAUAG